CCCUGGGAGUGUUGUCCAAAUGCUCCUGGAGCUCUGGCUGUGCUCAUUCCCUGGAAAAUUGUGUCAAUGCUUAUUCCAGCUUUUGGGGGAAGAAUUUUGCCCUAAAAUCCGACUUCUCCCUUGGCGCAGCCCCAGCCAUUCCUGGGUCCUGUCACUGUCACUGUCACAGAGAGCUGCUCCUCUGCAAUGCUGAGAAUCUCCCCACACUCUCUCCCACCUUUUCCCUCUCUGGGGGGAUGCAGAGAGCCUGGAACGAGGGGCUGCCACCCCGGGACCCCCCCCUGCUGCCCCCAGACCCACGCCCAGCAUCGGCGCUGCUCACACGUUCCCUUCUCUCCUCUCUCUUUUCCAGGAUCCCGUUCAAGAUCGGGCAGCCCAAGAAACAGAUUGUACCCAAGACAGUGGAGAGAGACUUUGAAAGGGAAUAUGGGAAGCUGCAGCAAUUGGAAGAUCAGACCAAAAAACUUCAGAAGGAUAUGAAGAAAAGCACAGAUGCAGAUUUGGCCAUGUCCAAAUCUGCUGUGAAGAUCUCCUCAGACCUGCUCUCCAACCCCCUGUGUGAGCAGGAGCCCUCGUUCCUCGAGAUGGUCACGGCCUUCGACACGGCCAUGAAGAGGAUGGACUCCUUCAACCAGGAGAAGGUGAAUCAGAUCCAAAAGACAGUGAUAGAGCCUUUGAAAAAGUUCAGCGGCGUUUUCCCCAGUUUGAACGCGGCCGUGAAGAGGAGGGAGCAGACGCUGCAGGAUUACAAACGCCUCCAGUCCAAGGUGGAAAAAUAUGAGGAAAAAGAAAAAACCGGCCCCGUCCUGGCCAAGCUGCACCAGGCCCGGGAGGAGCUGCGCCCGGUCAAGGAGGACUUUGAAGCCAAGAACAAGCAGCUCCUGGAGGAGAUGCCCAAAUUCUACAGCAGCCGCAUCGAUUACUUCAAACCCAGCUUCGAGUCGCUGGUCCGGGCACAGGUUGUCUACUACACGGAGAUGCACAAGAUUUUUGGGGACCUGACGGCGCAGAUCGACCGGCCCGGGCUGAGCGACGAGCAGCGCGAGCGGGAGAACGACGCCAAGCUCAGCGAGCUCCGGGCGCUCUCCAUCGUGGCCGACGACUGAGGCCAGCCUGGGGGUGUGGAGGGGAUGGGGAUCCCCCCCUUUCCCCCCAGCUCCCCUCCCAGGGACGGACUCGCGGCUCUGCAUCGUCCUUGUCGGUCCGCGAAUGAGUUUCGCCUUAAAUUUUGGGGGUGUGGAGGAGCAAGGAAAGGGAGCGAUCCCGUGCGGACAAAGAUGGGGAUUGGGAUGUGGGGUGCUGGGUUUUACCAGGUUCCAGACCCCUCUUUGCACCCCCAGAGCCCAGAGGGUGAGACCCCCCACUCCUUCCCCUCAUUUUGUGCCUUAGUAGCCCGGUGGUCCCCUCAGGGGAGGGUAAAAUCACUCAAAUCCCGUUUUUUGAGGUACAGGGAGGGGGUGAUGCCUCCCGUGGCGAGCGUCCAUCCCUCUUUUCCCAGGAAUGGGACAAAGAGCCCGUGCCCCAGUGCUGGGGGGUGCAGGGUGGGGACAGGGGACCCCAGACCCCAGAGCAGGGACAGCUGGGGGACAUCCCUACGGAAGCAAACCUAUGGAAAACUGGGGGCUUCAGCCCCGCCUCGGUGUGCGGGGAAGGGCCGCAGGGACUCGGUGGCUUGUCCCCAAUAAAGUUUUUGGCAGCGCAGCAUGGCCGGGGCUGCGUCGGUGCCACCGCUG